AAUGCAAAUGUUUUGAAUCAAAUCAAGUGCUCGAGCUCGUAUUUACAGUGCCGCUUAUCGCGUUUAGUUUCCUUAUUUUUCCGGUGGAACAGAUAGCAUGCCAAACUGGUAUUACGAGAAAAAGGACCUCCGGAAUACGCCUUCUAUCCGAGAUGGGAUUGACUUCGAGACGGAGCGACGCUAUCGGAAGGAGGGUGCCCGUUUCAUUAUGCAAACCGGGACAUCAAUGGGCUUGGGCCACAACACGGUGGCAACCGGCGUUGUCUAUUUUCAUCGAUUUUAUAUGUUCCAUUCCUUCAAGACCUUCCCUCGGUAUGUGACCGCUUGUUGCUGCCUAUUUCUGGCCGGUAAGGUGGAGGAGACUCCGAAGAAGUGCAAGGAUAUCAUCAAAACUGCACGAUCUAUGCUGACCGAUCAGAAGUUUGCAUCCUUUGGAGAUGAUCCCAAGGAGGAAGUUAUGACCCUGGAGCGGAUACUGUUGCAAACGAUCAAGUUUGACCUGCAGGUAGAGCAUCCGUAUUCCUUCCUGGUCAAGUACGCCAAAUGCUUGAGAGGCGACAGCGCGAAGCUUCAGAAGAUGGUUCAGAUGGCUUGGAAUUUUGUGAAUGAUUCUCUUAGUACAACCGUUUCGCUGCAGUGGGAACCGGAAAUUAUCGCCGUGGCGUUAAUCUACCUCGCCAGCAAAUUGAGCAAAUUUACUGUAGCCGAUUGGACCGGGAAGCAGCCUGAACAUCUGAAGUGGUGGGACAUGUUCGUGCAGGACGUAACAAUGGAAAUACUGGAGGACAUUUGUCAUCAGGUGCUGGAUCUAUACCAGCAGCCAAAUCCCGAAUCACCUCCAGAUAGUCCGCCGCAGUUGCCUCCGAGCAAAUCAUCACCACCGAUGAAACGCGCCAACAUUUCGCCGGUAUCGGGAAAAAGCUCGCCAAAUAUCAGUAAUCCCCCACCGAAGACAUCGGUUCCUCCACCAACUGUUGAAAUAGAAGCGAAUCCCAUACCAAAACACAUCACCACGGAUAAUUCUUCUCACGGUGGGAGUUACGGCACCUUUCCCAUCUAUCCUUUGCAUCAAGGGCCGCCACCAACGCAACCACCGCCCUACAACUCUACGGUACCUCCUCCUUCGGGGCCGAUUCCCCCUCAACCCUGGCAGCAUUACCAACAUCCGCACUCAAACAGUGGAUACUAUCCACCGUCCGGUCCAACCGGGGGCGGUCGAAACAACUACUAUCCGCCACAGUAAAUUGAACGCAUUGAGGUUGCUUGGGAAAGGGCAGCGUCGGGUUCUUAAAAUUAAUCGAUUCUAUUAUGUAAGUAUCUUUCAUUAUCGAAUUCAAAUUACACAAAAAGUUUGCAAAAA